UCUCACAAUCUUUAUGGCAGCUCCUGCUAUUACACCAAGACUUGCACUUCAGUGUGACUGGAGUGAUGUUUUAUUCAGUACUCAAGAACCUCAAAGGAAAGUGUGGGUUUGUUGCAAGAAAGGAUCACAAACCAGCUAUGGUGAUCUUGUAGUUCUUGGCGUUUCGUCAGAUGGCGCUCCGUACGUUUCUGCGUCAGAUGGGUUUAGUGCUGACAACAUAACCAAGCGCAGCAUCAGAAUCACGCAUCAUGACAGUGGCACCACGGCCACUUUCCUGGCUGCCGGAGAUAUCUUCAGCAACAUCCACAGUAACAGUGUGUUGAGUCUUGACGUGACAACUGGUGGCUUAGGCGUGUCAGCAUGCUCACAGGAUAAACUCAUCGUGUGGGAAACCUCAACAGGACAAGUUAGGAGGAUGUUGGAGGGGCAUGUGAGCAGCAUCUACACAUGCCGAUUCUUUCCGUCAGGCAUCGUUGUGUUAACAGGUGGUGCUGAUAUGCAGAUUAAAAUCUGGUCAGCAGAGACGGGUCAGUGCGCAGCCACACUGACGGGCCAUACUGGAGGGAUAACAGGCACGGCGAUCGUCGAUAGGGGUCGAAACAUGGUGUCAUCGUCGCGGGACGGCACAGCCCGGCUCUGGGACGUCGGGAUGUCGGCAUGCCUCGAUACAAUCGCUAACUGCGGCUGCAUGAUCAACUGCUGUGCUGUGCACGUCGUUGACAAUGCGAUAGACCUGGGAGAACCUGAUAAAUGUCCCAGCGACAGAGAAGUCAUGACAGAGGGAGUGUUACUACUUUUAGCCUGUGAGGAUGGUACACUUCAGGGAUAUGGACUGCAGUCUAGAAAAAAGUUAUUUGAGGUGACGUGCACAGGGGCAGUAAACACCUGUGCUUUCUUGUCAUCCACCGAAGUCAUCUGUGGACUACAGAAUGGCCAACUCUACAGAUAUGAUAUUCGAAACAUUAGCUCACCAUUGCAACAUUGGGGUGAGAGCAGAGGACCAAUCCUGUGUGUGGUGCCAUUUCAUAAUGGAAUACUCCUUAGCACAGGAGAUGGCUCAUGCCUGUACAGGGAUGUGACAAAGGCGGAAAGCACCCUUGAAUUCAGCGGUUCAGAUGGGGAUGCCAUUCACCAGGUGGCACAUGCUGGGAGAACUGUCUACACUGCAUGUCGCGAUGGCUGCAUUCGGAAGUUUUCCAUUCCGCAGAACCUGCUCUAGUUGUGUGCAUCUCCCUUUUUUGCUCCAUCAUAUUUUGCACUGUGUGUAAAUGUCUAAUGGAUCCAGAACAUUUUAGGGGAUGUAGAAAACUAUCCAGAAUAUACUGAAUUAGAUGAUGAGAGAAAUUAAGAUAUCCAGAAGUAGGAGUGGAAAAUGUAUCCAGAUAUUCUAAACAACAGUUUAUAUAAACGAAAGAGAUGAGAAUUUUCUGAUUUGAGGCUGCAGAAUGUAUCUGGAAGAUGAAAAAGAAUGCAAAUUUGCAUCUAAUCUCAGAUUUAGUAUAACACUAGUGAAAUGGUAUUGAAUGGUAUGGUAUGCUAUUGAAAUGGUAUUGUAGAAUGUUUAAAAGGUAGACCAAGACUUAUAGCAACUGAGGAAUUGGUUAUGUAAUGGUUCUAGACGUCUCGCAGCCAUCCUCGUGCACCAGCACGACCACGCCACGUAGUGGCCGCCAAUACAACUAACCUGCACUUUCAGAACACUCAUCGAGUCCCUUUAGGGUAUAAGGGAUGAAACGUCACGUAUUGACCAUAUAAUCUGCUAUAUAUUAUAUAAUGACCAGGGGCCCGUUGUCAGAAACAUCGUAAACUUAAUGCUAAUGUUAAUGCCAAGAUAACACUUACGACUAAUAGGCCCACGCACACGCACACACAGUGACAC